AUGGAUGAGGUCAACAUGGAGACUAGAGAGUGGGAGGGAGAUUUCGAUCCUUUGUCAGACCCGGAGGAAAAACAGCAUCUUCUCUCAGUUCUUGACUCCUUCCGGUCAUACCGCCGCUUAGCACACUUCAAUGGCACCCACGUACGCCGGCAAGCAUUCUACUCUCUGCCUCAGAAACACUGGACACUUCUAUCGAAGCCCCCCUUCUCAGUACUAGAGUCUCUAAACAAGAUGGACGAUCUUAUCGAUAGAAAUUCUGAGCUAGCUGAGGCCAUAUUCAUGGCUGGCUUUAAGGGUUUCAUUGCUCCUACCAUUGACAGUGAUUGGGUAGCAUCAAUCGUUCCAGAGAGACAUGCUCAUGACGAGUAUCGAAUCUUUUCAAUCGUCAUGGACAACCUGAAAGUCCAAACUACCCAGAAUGACAUGGACAAAGCAAGAAGCUGCAUCAAUCAAUUCUACCGGGAUUGGAGUGCCGAGGGCAGCGUUGAACGAGAAAAGUGUUUUGGUCCAGUCCUGGAAGUAUUGCACGCAGAGUUUGCGUGUAGGCUGGGGAAAGCGCCCGAUAUCGACAGAUCAGAUCUCAAGGUUUUAGUCCCCGGCGCCGGCUUAGGUCGUUCUGUGUUCGAUAUAUGUCAAGCUGGCUUCAGCGUCGAGGGAAAUGAGAUAUCGUAUCACGAAUUGAUGGCAAGCUCUCUAAUACUGAACCACACUCAACGAGCUGGAGAGUUCACUAUUGCUCCUUUCGCCCUGAGCUGCUCGAAUCAUCUCUCUCGUGCCGACCAAUUCCAAACUUUCGCAGUUCCUGAUGUACAUCCGGGCACUGCACUAGCAACGGCACAGGAAUCAAAACUUCCUGCCCACGAACGAAUGAGCAUGUCGACAGGCGACUUCUGCGUCUUAUACAACUCCUUGGACUACAGCAAUGUCUUCGACGUUGUUGCUACGGUGUUCUUCAUCGACACCGCGCCCAACGUUAUCCGAUACAUUGAGGCUGUACGCAACUGUCUCAAAACAGGUGGUCUGUGGAUUAACGUUGGGCCUCUUCUGUGGCACCAAGCAUCUCAAGGAUCUACCAAAGGAGUCGACAGCGGUGAGAAGCAGAAGCACACCCAUGUUCAAGAUGCGGGGAUUGGCGAUCCAGGUUCUGUUGAGCUGACAAACGACGAAGUUCUGGCAUUAGUAGAGCAUCUGGGUUUCACGGUCGAGAAGCAAGAGUCGAAUACACCUGGAACUGGGUAUAUUUCAAAUCCCAGGAGCAUGUUACAGAACACCUAUCGCCCAGUGUUCUGGGUUGCAAGGAAGAUGUGA